UUAUAGGUAUAUUUUCUGUUUUCCAUUCAAUAAAAACAACUGCGUGAAUAAUAAUUUGCGAAGGUAACAACAUUCAGAGCAUUUUCCACCCCAGAAACUACGCAACAAGCACACGUCACGUAAUUUAGCAACAGCUGGAACUAAGUUAUAUAAAGAUUUGGGAAAUUCCCUUGCAUUGUCAACAAAACAAAGAUUUCGCAGAAGGAACUGACAACAAAAAUUUUCGAUGGGUUAGCGUCAAGUUAUGAAAUGUUUCUGCUUAAAAUUUCAGUCGUGUUGGUGUACCUGAUACUCGUGUUUUCAGUUUACCAUCUAAUCAACAUUUUCACAUUAAACAACUCGGAAAUCGUUGGUUUGAUUAAUGCUGUGAGUUCAAGUCUUAAACAAAUACGAUCCUUGAUUGCUGAUGGAAAACUUAGCGCAAACACCAAUGGAUUGGCCAACUUGGAUAUGAAAAUUGAGUCGCUGGCCUCUCAGAAAAAAACGUCAAAACAAACUGUGACAGGAGACUGUUAUUCCUUCAAUAAGAACGACCAACAAGAUUUAUUCGAUGCAAUUCAAACUUCAGAUGAUGUUUUGUUGAUUCAGGAAGGUGUCGACUUGUCAACGCCAGAGCUGUUGUUCAGUUGUCACCAACUGCAAGGACAUCACAAUUGUGUCUACAGAUGGUCAAGAUGUGAUAUUGAAAUAGAUUGGAAGUCAAAAUUGCGAAGAAAUAAGUCUCCUACAUACUUCCCUUUCAUGAUGAAACAAGGCCCAUGUUUUAAUAAACAAACAGUCAGCUGUGCUGUGGGGAAAAUCAACAAAAAUAAGGAUUUCUGUUUAAAACGUCGUGUCUCUUGCAGUUUAGCAUCACUUGGUAAUGUCCAAGACGGAAUUGGUAGAAAACUUGCCAUUAUUCUCCCAUCUUCUUUCAAAUUUUCUGACCACAAGGGGAAAAACGAGAAUUCAAAAGCCAUAAAUUUAGAUGUGAACUUGCUUUUCAACUGGAGCGUGUAUAUUUGUAGUUUUCUUGGGUGCUUGUCGUUCUUCACAACGCAAAGUAGCUUUCUAAGUCGGGUUAUAGCAGCGUUUCAAUCCCUAAUUACUUACAAUUUUUUCGUACUCGGUACAUGGUUGCUACAGUCUGGCUAUAAAAUUAAUUGUAUUCAGUUUGUGGCCAAUUCUAUGCUCUUCCAAUUGCGAAAACUUCUCACAAAGGAUGUUAUCGCGCACCUACAUGAGAAUUGGAUGGUUUUAGUUUUCGGAUUUUUUGUGUUUUUUACUCUGGUAGUAGAUGUGUUAAAAAGGGCAAAUAUUCUCGGGAGAGAGCAAGAAAUUGAAACCACGCUUAGUGAGAUAUUGCUAAACAACAAUCGAUGGCAUUCAAAUGACGGAGACAUUUCUCAGCGUUGGGUGCAAAGACUAGCAACUCCUAGUUUAUGGCUCCAACCCCUGGUGCCUAUGGAUUACAUAAGUGAACUUCCAGUGUGGAGGUAUACUGGGCGGUGUGUGGCCAGUUCUGAUGAUUCUGACGCUGAUCACUGCUCUAAGGAGUUCCCCAGGUCUAGCAAAAGUUGGUACCAGCGUCAACUAAGAUCUGCAACUUGUUCAAAACAAGGUUCGAGCUGUAUAGCCAGAAGUGUAAUCAGAUCCAUUCGUUCAUGUUUAAGAAGCAGAAGUCCUGCUAUGCGACGAAUAAACAACGCUCCCGACGGUAUGAGAGAAGAAACAAGCUGUAGCAUUUGUUUGGAUAACUACAAACAACAUGACCAUGUAUGUGGAUUGCCUUGUGGACACGUUUUUCAUCAUUCUUGUAUUUUGUCAUGGCUCCACAGUGAUCAACACUGUUGUCCAAUAUGCAGAUGGCCGGCUUACCAAGUCAAGUCCCCAGAACAACCAAUUUAAUCUAACCUUUACUUUGUCCUGUAUUUACUGUUCUAUCCAUUUCCUGUAGUUAAAAAGAAAUCUUUUCUAAUAAAUACUGUUUAUUUGCACCGUAUAACAACACUAGCACUUCUAGUAACAAUAAAUUUCCCGCUUUAUUCAGAACAAUAAAAAGUUAACUGCAUCUUAAAUAAUUAAUGAAAAAAUGUUUUUUGUUUUAAGAAAUAAAUUCUACAUUGUGUUGG